ACAUGGCGACAAGAAGCGGCUAGUUAUGAGUUGGAAAGGAGUUUCAUUGCAAAAUGACAACAGACUCUCCAGUGACAAAAGCUGUUGCGCAAAUUGAAAAUACUAAAUUAAAGGUACAAACUCCGUAUGAGAAAGUUUGUGACAAUAUCAACAACGACGAAGGUUAUGCUCAAGAUCUUGCUCAGGGCAAAAGAAUCGGAUUCUACAGUUUACGAGAGGAUUUAGGCAGUGGUAAUUUUUCACGCGUAAAAAUGGGAGUUCAUACACUAACUAAAGAUAAAGUGGCUGUAAAAAUUUACAAUAAAUUGAAACUUGAUGCUAAAACGCAGAGAUUUCUUUCAAGAGAAAUAUCUUCCAUGGAGAAGUUGCAUCAUCCAAAUACUGUAAGACUGUACGAAGUUAUCGAAACAUUCUCUAAACUUUAUCUUAUUAUGGAGUUUGCCAAUGGUGGUGAAUUGUCAAGCAAAAUAUCGACGGAAGGUAAAUUAUCACAAAAAACAACGAAGCGAAUCUUUUGCCAAAUUGUUGCAGCUUUGGAUCAUAUGCACAAAAAGAACAUAAUUCAUCGCGAUUUGAAGGCGGAAAAUGUUUUUAUAUCUGGAUUGUGUGUUGUAAAAGUUGGUGAUUUUGGCUUUAGUACAUGUGCAUCAUUUGAUACAGCAUUAACAACAUUCUGUGGUUCACCACCUUAUGCUGCUCCAGAACUAUUUAAAGAUGAUUACUAUUUAGGACCGUAUGUCGAUAUAUGGGCAUUGGGUAUACUACUUUACUUCAUGGUUACCGGUGUCAUGCCGUUUCGUGCAGAAACUGUUGGAAAAUUGAAAAAAUCCAUAUUGAAUGGUUUAUAUAUUAUGCCUGAUUUCUUACCAGAUAAUUGUAAAUAUUUAAUUAGAAAAAUUCUGCAACUUAUUCCCAAAAAUCGAUUCACACUUGAGCAGAUAAAACGUUGCAAAUGGCUUCAAGGCGAGACUUUUCCAUUGGACGAGGCGUCUUGCAAUACACAUCCUCCAAACAUUGAUUUGUGUAAUGAAGAAGAGUUAGAGGCCCGUUGUUGCCUGGAGGAAUUGGGAGUACCGCUGGACAAUGGUACUAACACGACUAUGGACGUGCGUAGCAAAAUUACUGGAACGUACAGAAUUGUUCUUCAUAGAAAGCAGAAAGAAAAAUCCGAACUUGAUAUAAAUCUCUUACAAAAUGAGGCUAGCUACACCAGAAAAAAAAAUACAAAAUCUAAAGUUUGUACUAUAUUGUAGAUUGAUACGUCUGUUUCAAUGUACUUGGCUUUACUUAGGCUAUUUGAAGAACACGUUCUCUACUCCAAAUGUAAGCAUUACGAUGGCUGUUGAAUAAAAAAAUUUUGUACAAAAAUA